UCGGAAAUACAUGGAGCAGCCCGUGGGAGGGGCGCAGAUGCGAAGCUUUGACGCCUGGCGGGACCAUCUCCCCACGCAGUUGGAUCUGCAGGAUGCGUGCAAUGGGAUAGCCCGCAUUCAGGACAUCUACGGCCUCCAGGAGAAGCAUAUCAUGAGGGGACAGCUGGCCGGCAUUAAAUACAACAUCAGCAUGUCCACUGGCGAUAUUUUCGCUAUGGGCCAACACUUGUCGAGGACCACAAACGCCAAAGAGGUCGUUCCUUGGCUGGAAGAAGUGAAAAGGCGCCUGCGAAACCAAACGCCCGGACCCCUGGCUGUGGAUAAAGCAGAGGUCCUGUUGCUGUUGGCAGAGACGUACAUCAAAUCGAAGCACUAUGCAGAGGCUCUACCCAUCCUUGAUAGAGCCUUGAAGCACAACAUCGCCGACGCUGUGCUUCUGCGUCGCAGGGAGGAGGUCCAGCAGCUGAUUGCGAAGGAGCCCAGCACCGUCUUGGAUAACGCCGAGCCCAAGGACAAUUCCAAAGUGGCUAUAUUGAAGUGGGGAUGCAGAGGCUUCUCCAGAGAGCAGUCCCCUAAGGCGCUCCACUGCUGCUACAACUUUACGACUACGCCCUUUCUCCGCCUGGCCCCCCCUCAAAAUGGAGCUACUGGGGGAGCAUCCCUAUGUCGUGGUCUACCACGACGUCCUCUCCGACUCGGAGAUAGCCGAGAUCCUCGAAAUGGCAGAGCGAAGGAUGGCCAGGACAUCGACCGUGGCGCAACCGAAUCAGACUUCGUCGCCGACCCGCACAGCCAUGGCGCAUGGCAUCGCUCCUACUAAAAUGAAAGGAAAGGUUAAA